AUGAACAUUUUCUUCUUUUUCUUCUUCUUCAUCUUCUCCUUCUCCAUCUUCAAUUUCAACGCAGUAUCAGCACAUGAUGCAUCAUCAUGCCCUAUCAACUUCGACUACGUCGAAACCCUCCCUUGGGACGCCUCGCUCUGCCGCGACCCGAUCCAAACAAGCUGCUGCCAGACUCUCCGCAGCCUCUUCGGCGUCGGCCUCGCCCAACACCUCAACCAAACCUCCCAAUUCUACCUCCCCACCGCCACGGCCUCCUCCUCCUGCAUCGCUCAAUUCGAGCGCAAAAUCUCCUCCAUGUCCCUCACCAGAUCACUACUCCCACUCUGCUUCAACGACACCGCUGAGUUCGCCAUCACCAACUCCUCCACCGCCUGUGCCGGAAUCACCACCCUGCAAGACUGGGAUCUCGAGGCGGACGAGGCCGCCCUCGUCCCCCUCGAGUCCGCAUGCAACGGCGACCUCACCGGCCUCACCCUCUGCAGCAUGUGCCUCGACGCCGGCCUCAAACUCACCUCCCACCUCGUCUCUUCCCAUCCCAACUCCACCAAAUGCUUCUACUUCACAGUACUCUACGCGGCCGGCGUCGUCAAUGGCUUCGGACCUGUUGAUAUCAGAUCCGCCGCCUGCAUUUUCGGACUGCCUGUGUCCAGCACUGGCAGAUCUGGACCAGCAAACCACAGAACCAGAAGAUUCAUCUUCGGGUUCUGUGGGGGCCUAGUGGGAAUCUCUGGGCUUGUGAUUCUCUUUUUCAUUUACAGAAAGUGGGACCGGAAAAAGAAACAAGAUGUUGUUCACCAGAGCUACGUAGCAUCUGUGAAAUCUAUAGUCCUCCCCAACGUCGGAGCUAAGUUUUUCGAGCUCCGUGACCUGGAGCAAGCGACCGAUAAAUUCGCAAAGAGGAAUCUAAUCGGACAAGGCGGAUUCGGAGCUGUCUACAGAGGAACUCUGCCAGACAACAAAACAGAGGUCGCAGUGAAACAGAUUUUCGAAACAGAAGAGAGCGAUGACGAUUUCAUAAACGAGGCUCUGAUCAUUAGCAAGAUCCGGCACAGGAAUCUUCUACCUCUCCGUGGAUUCUGUGUCGCGAGCGACAGAUUCCACGGAAAGAGAAGAUUCCUAGUCUAUGAUUACAUGCCAAACGGCAGCUUAAACGAUCACAUAUUCAUCGACAACAACAACAACAAUGAUAGUCUCCUCUCGUGGCCUCAGCGCAAGAACAUAAUCCUCGACAUAGCGAAAGGGCUCGCGUACCUCCACUAUGGGAUCAAGCCGACGAUCUACCACCGCGACAUAAAGGCAACCAACAUCCUCCUCGACACGGACAUGAAGGCCAGGGUGGCCGAUUUCGGGUUGGCAAAACAAAACCUAGAAGGCCAAUCCCAUCUCACCACGAGGGUGGCCGGGACCCACGGCUACCUAGCACCAGAGUAUGCUCUGUACGGGCAGCUGACAGAGAAGAGCGAUGUGUACAGUUUUGGGAUACUGAUUCUCGAGGUCAUGAGUGGGCGGAGGGUGCUUGAUGCCUCGAAGAGCGAGAGAAUCUUGAUCACGGAUUGGGCGUGGGAGCUGGUCAAGGCCGGGAAGGUCGAGGAAGUUUUCCACGGGGGCAUAAGGAGGGAAGGGCCGAAAGGAGUGAUGGAGAGAUUCGUGCGCGUUGGGAUCCUCUGCGCGCAUGUCAUGGUCGCGCUUAGGCCGACCAUUGAGGACGCGCUGAGGAUGCUUGAAGGCGACAUUGACAUCCCUCGUCUGCCUGAUCGCCCGUUGCCUCUCGCGCAACAAUGUGUGCAGAUGCAGUUUAGCUCGUUCAGUUAUAGCACAAGUGCAAGUGAGGGGUCAAGGGUUGCUAAUUGGAGUAACACUAGUUGAUGAGUAUUUUGGAAUCUUUGUAUUGCUUCUACAUG